UUAAUCAAAUCAAACAUGGUUGUAUAUAUAGGGAGACAUGCUUAGACAAUAUGGUAUAACAUGAUCACUAUCAUCAACCAAAACCCCCCAUCACCACUAGGAUGAAGCUAUUUGGGAUCAUUGUCUCCAAUGACCAAGAAGCACAAUCACCCUCCAAAACACCGUCUUCCUCCUCCUCUUCUUCUUCCUCCUCCUCCUGUAACCGUAAAUACGAGUGCCGAUACUGCAGUCGUGAGUUCGAUAACUCACAAGCUUUAGGAGGCCAUCAAAACGCUCACAAGAAAGAACGCCAACACUUAAAGCGGCCACAAUUGCAACCAAACCGGAUUAUACCUGCCUUUGUCCCUUCACAUCACGUCAUCCCCUGCGGUAGCCCUGUAGUGGUUCGAACCAUGGCCACUGCUUCUCCUCCAAAGGUGUACAUCCCAUACCAUGUUCCAGCUGCUUCAUCCAUUGCCAGUGAUGGUAGAGGACCAGGAAUGUUACCGUGCACCCGCGAUGUAGGGAUGUCAACUUUGACAAGUGUUGGGCCUCAGCCCAAUGUUCAUUUUGUUAACGAGAACAGUGGCCCCAGUCUUGAUGGCAUAGAUUUGCAUCUCAGCCUUUAAGCUGUUAUCCAAUUUUCACAUGCUACUCUGCCAGGAUCUUGUACAUAAAAAGUACUUUUUAGUUUUUAUAUUGUAUUUUUUUUUUCUUUUGAUGAUUAUUUUUGUAAAAUUAUAAUGCUUAUAGGUGUUUAACUGCACUAAAAUAAAUUAUUCACGAGCGGAUGAAUAUUUAAAUAAACAUCAUUUAGGAUUUCUUUUCUUCUUUAACUGAAACAAAUAAAAGCCCGGCUACCCAGGUAAGCUAAUGAUAAAAGACGAUCACAUACGUCCGCGAUCGCAGAUAGAGUUGGGUAGCCUAAGCCCAUCAUCUCCAAAUCCAGGGAAAACCCAUCACCUGAAGGCCCACACUACGGUAAAACCUGAUUGGGAUUAGAUUCGUACUUGAGACUUGUGGUUUUUAGCCCAAAUCUUCACUUUAUCUUCGAUGCUAGUUGAGCUUUCAAGGUAUAUAAAUAUAUAUGACUGAUGGAUAAUUAGUUUUUGAUACAUAAAAAUAAAAGCGUUCACAACACAAGGUUUUGGGCCUCAUGGAUGUUUAGUGGAAAAGAGAGGAUGGUGAGGAUAGAGAAGGGUUCCGGUUCGUGGUCAGGGACUAUUUGCGGAAGAAGAAGCCCAUCUCUAUUAGAGGGGAGAAGAGAGGGAAGGUAUAGUCAGCGCCACACUGUCUCCAACGCAUGCGAACUUCCCACGCCUGUGCCAUGAUGGAGAAGCCCUUUGCAUUGGAGAAUAGCGUCCGGCGAUGUCCAAAGUUACAAAGGCCGUGCAGAAGGGUGUGGUUUUCCUUGGUCCAAACAAUGGGGCGGGCCCAAUAGAUCUCUCAAGGUUUUGAUCUCCUCCCUUGAUCUCCCUCACAUCACUUGUUUGGACCUUGAAUGGCGGAAAUUGAAAAUGAAGAGAAGCUUAUUCGUCGGUUGGAGUUGAACUACGGCAUUGAACAGCGACGAUUCAUUUGAAAGUGAUUAAGAGGGUGUUUGGAUUAGCUUAUUUUGGAGGAAUUUAUAACUUAUUGACUUAUAAAAGUUAAUAAGUUGUUUUUAUAGUGUUUAGGUUAGCUUAUUUAAGUUGUUUAUAUGUGUU